UCAAGUGAAACAAAGUUAGUUUAUUCGACACUUGCCUUCAGUUCAUUGCUUUGCUGUGUCCACGGACUGUGUCUCCCAUAACUCCUUCUUCGAGCUAGUUAUGGCUAGUUAGUGUCUGCUGCUGGCUGGUGUGGAAUCAGAGUGACCUGCUUCCCUGCAGAGGCUUUGUUUACCCACACUGUCCUAAUCUCGGUGGGGAUGACGAUUUUGAAAGAAUUUACUGCUGAGGAUGUCACUGAUAGAGUGUCACAUGGUGAUUGCUGGGUGAUUGUGGACGGAAUAAUUUACGAUGUGUCGGAUUUUUCCGAGCGUCAUCCUGGCGGCAUGGAGGUACUCUUAGCACAGGCUGGUCGCGAUGUCUCAGAGUUGAUGCGCUCCGAUGCUUUCCAUGAACACAGCACUGCUGCUUUCUCCCUUCUGAAAGACAUGAGAGUCGGAAUUCUCAGGGCGAAAGAUCAGAGUUGUCCGUCAACAACAUCGUCGUCGUCGUCAGUGGCUGCAACGACAUCAACAAGCACCGCCGAAAUGGACACGCGUGCAAACGGCAAUGGCUCGAGGCAUUCUAACGGCGUGGGCCACCUAAGCAAUGGCAAUGGCCACGUACUGCACCGCCACCAUGCCGCCACCAACGGCAAUAGCACUUCCUUGUCUUCGCCGCGAGCCAACGGAUCCUCUCAGUCGCUGAACGUGAAAGAUUUCUCCAUGCAAGGCUGGAGAGAUGAGGAUUUAGUGGACUGGUCUAAGCCAAUGCUGUCGCAAGUUGGCCAGCUCGGUUCUCUGUAUCACACGUGGGUACACGCUCCCGUUGAUAAGCCGCUGCGCCUGUUCCACUCGGACUUUGUGGAGUUCUUCUCGCGCACGCCCUGGUACGUCAUUCCCCUGAUCUGGCUGCCAGUGGUUGCCUUUCUGAGUGUGCUCUGCACGUCACCGCUGUCCCUGCCUGGCAGCUGGCUGCUAGUGGGCGAUGCAGCGCCGGUCAGCGCCACCUCGUUCUCCGUUCUGUUUGUACUGGGAGCGGUGCUGUGGACACUGGUGGAGUACAUGCUGCACAGAUUUGUGUUUCACUUGACGCCGCCGGACGACUGGCCGUCCAUCAUCACUGCCCAUUUCCUCUUGCAUGGACAGCACCAUAAGGUGCCCUUUGAGACCAUGCGGCUGGUGUUUCCGCCAGUACCAGCGUCCAUGAUCGCCGCCUUCUUCUACUGGGUGCUGAGGCUGAUGUUCUCGCUGAGUGCCACACAGGCGUUAACGGCUGGUGGCUUGUUUGGUUACGUGUGCUACGACUUGACACAUUACUACCUGCACCAUGGCGAGCCACGCCGAGGCACCUACUUCCAUCGGCUAAAGUCGUACCACGUGCGCCACCACUUUGUCAAUCACAAAGCAGGGUUUGGCAUAUCAAACUGGUUUUGGGACAUUCCGUUCCGCACAGCUUCCUAGCACGAUGUGCUGGUUGUUAGUUUGACUUCUCUCUACUAGUUAGCUACACCGUGACCGGUGUGGGUGCUCUGUAGUCCCCAGCCCAUCAUCUCUCCCUUCCUUUUGUUAUGCACUGGCGUGUUCAGCGGGCAACAUGGCGACUUGCCGCAGCGCUGACUUGCACAAUCAUCCGGUAUGGUCCCUCGUAACACUUGUGCACUUGAUUGGUGGCUCUUCCUGGUGACGAAAGGCGCCGAUUGUUCCCGUUUGGUGUUGAGCUGUUGCUCGGCACAGCACUACUCAACAGCACUGCACUGUAAAGCACUGUCCGCUGUGCUCGCGUUAGUCAGCUGUCCAGCUACAUGCUCUGCCUCCACCUCCACUGCCACCUAUCACCGUCACUAGUAGAUCUACUACACCAAUUUUAACCGGCCGGCUGGAGAAGUUGUGUGGUGACUGGCCAUCUUGCGGUCGUAUACUCCUCCAUAAAACUCACCUCGAAUAUAUUUGUGAGAAGGUCAGUGGAGAACGCACUAGCAGGUCACCUAAGUUCGUCAUUCACACGACUACUAGUAAUGAUAGUCGACUGUAGCAUUGACUGCAGUGUUGAACAUGGUGCUCUGUGGUGUGCUGCUCAGUAACAGCACAAUUGGUAUUCCCUUGUGAGUAUUGUGUGUGUGUGUGUGUGUGUGUGUGUGUGUGUUGCUGCCAGAGAGCCUCGUUGCCCUGGCCAUGAUUCAACACUCUGUGUGUGUGUCUGAGUGUGUGUGUGUUUGCGCGUGCGUCUGUGCAUGUGUGUGUGUCCGUGUCUUAACUCCCGGCGUAUUUGCAAACUAUUUUGCAUCAUUGCUGUCGCUACUCGUGCUGCUCGCCGCCCGGCCUAUUCCAGUCUGAGCAUGAACGGCUCUAUUUCUCAAACUUACCGUUUUCGUACGAUUUCCGUACUUGUCUCGUGUCGUCCUCGUCUCUAGAUACUGACUUUAUUCGCAUUCUCAACCAGAACCAGAACCAGCCGAUAGCAGGCUGUCAAGUAGGUAGGCUUACAUGUUUUGUACUGCAGCCGGCAUUGGACUGUCUGAUAUACAUGUACAUGGUGCAUGCUUGCUAAGGUACCGUGUCCCCAUGUUCGUGAUUGACUUGCCAUCUCUAGCUGUUCUGCUGGACGUGCUCGCGUUAGCCCUUUUUUAGAGUAGCCUGCGUUUCUGCGCGUGCGUGCAUGUCUUCGUUGUCAAUUUUGUACGCUUCUCUUUCCAUGGAGAUACUCGAUGAUAAUGUAAUGGUGUGAUGGCUGGGUUUUUUUGUAUGACGAAGUUUAGUACAUGUAGUUAGUUACGACUAUGCCUGUUUUCCAGUGCUCCUCCCUUUCAUGUACAUUGCGUACAGAGUCUUACCUUUCUAGCUUUUUGCUGUCUCGCCUGCUGUUCUAUUAUUUUCCUGGCUAGUGUUGAUCAUUGGUCACGUGUUGUUGUGCUAACUGCUGACUAGAAUCAGAUAACCUACAGCUGAGCAGCUCAGUCUGUGCUCUCAAGUUGUUUGUCCCGA